CUCACUUCCGGUAAAUAAUCCAAUGGUUCGACAUUAUUUAUGAACAUGAAAUGAGCCCGCAAGAAUUCGAAGGCUCAAUAUAAUCACAAAUAUUUAAGAAGAUGAUUUAUCAGCUGUCAUACAAACCGUAGAUGCGCAUUUUGGUACAGUUGACGAAUUUUUGAGGAUUUCCGUUCCAUCUUGGGCCCAGUUCCUGGACAUGUCUAGCCCACUGACCAGCACUGGUCCACAGAGGAAAUUGCUGGGUGCCAGGAAACGAUGCUCCAAUGGCAGUGUUUAUGACCAGGAGGUGAGCCAGCCCUCCAAGUACUUUAGAGAAUCCGGUGUUGAUAGAUUAUCUAAAGAUGAGCGUAAGACAUCCAAGCCACCAGCAAGCAAUGCUAACCAUGGCAAGGAGGAAGGCUGUGAAUGGUUUGAAAACGCAUUCUGUAGUACCCGUAACAUAUCAAAGAGGAUUAUAUUACAGGAGAGCUCAUGUACAAAGAACUUGAUAACUGAGAAAGAAAAUCAGGAGAAUAUUGUUGAGAGACUGGAGGUUCAUACAGCAAACAAAAAGCUACAGUCACCAAGAAUAAAGAAAGAAGAUGAAGAUAGCAACUCACAGAAGGACGUCUUUGAAGAGAGUUUUCAAGACCUGGAUUUUCUAAGUCAUGUGGAAUCCAUCGAGAGUCAGAAUUCUGUGGAUUUUGCAGACACUGUGGCAGAAUCACCUGCUGAAGAUCUGGUAGUAGUAAAUAGACCUGAAGACAAUACUCAAUUAACAGUGGCUUCCAGUGAAACAGAGUCUCAUACAGCGGUUGAAAAAACAGUUGGAGGAAAACAGUCAAGUGAUUUAGAAAAAAAUGUAGAAAUUUCUUCAAACACUUUGAAAUUUGAAAAACAGUCAGACAAUGAUAGAUGUCAAGGAAAGGAUGUUGUUGACACACAUGUCAGUGAUGUUUUAGGGAGGACACCACAAACAGGAAAGGAAGAUGGCUUGGAGUCCAUUAGAGUCGGUUCAUUGAGAGAUCGGCUCAAGAGAAAACUGUUACAGAAUCUUGGAGCUCGAUCACCUGUCAGCCUGGCUCAAACGGUGGAAGAGGGCAGACAGAGUCGGAUAAAGGAGGUGGAAAGAGAGGCGGCCAUUUUACAGGAUGAAGGCUCCGUCGAUGAUAUAGGACCGUUUUAUGGUCUGCCAUCCAAAGUCCAGGAGCUGCUACAGAAGCAGAGGGGAAUCACGUCCUUGUAUGAGUGGCAGGAUAGAUGCCUCAAACUUCCCUCACUUCAAAAGGGAGGUAACCUGGUGUAUUCCCUUCCGACCAGCGGAGGAAAGACGUUGGUAGCCGAGGUGCUGAUUCUGAAGGAGUUGUUGUGUAAGAAAAGGGAUGCUCUGAUGAUUCUGCCUUUUGUGUCCAUUGUGCAGGAGAAGGUGAAAGGACUAGCCCAGCUGGCAGUGGAGCUAGACUUCCUAGUGGAGGAAUACGCAGGAAGUAGAGGGCGCUUCCCUCCAAUCAAGCACCGCCGGAGGUGUCUGUACAUAGCCACCAUAGAGAAGGCCCACUCCCUGGUCAACAGCCUGCUGGAGCAGGACAGACUGAACUCCCUGGGUCUGGUGGUCGUAGACGAGCUCCAUAUGAUUGGUGAAGGGAGGAGUAGAGGAGCUUGCCUAGAGGCAACACUGUUAAAAGUCCUCCAUGCCAGAGCUCCCACCCAGAUAAUAGGGAUGAGUGCAACUCUGAACAACAUCAGUGACUUGCUGUCCUUCCUGAAGGCCGAUAUCUUCUCCAGCGACUUCCGACCGGUGAAGCUUACAGAGUACGUCAAACUACAGGACAAUAUAUUUGAAGUACAGAAAGGUGUAACUCUACAAGACAGCUUGGAUCAUCAGAGGACCGUUACAUUUGAGUACAGUCCAGAGAUGGCAAAGGUAGACCCUGACCACCUGCUGGGACUUGUUACCGAGGUGAUUCCUCAGCACUCCUGUCUGAUCUUCUGCCCCACAAAGAAAAACUGUGAGAAUGUGGCCCUCAUGCUGAGUAAGCUGAUGGCCAAGCACAGAAGAGAGCUCAGUCAGGUCAGGAAACAGGAGAGGCGGGAUCUACUGAAGGAGCUUUACCAGGACGGAGAGCAGAGGAUGUGUCCCGUGCUUCAGCAUACCAUUCACUUCGGACUGGCGUACCAUCACAGCGGGCUGACCACAGAUGAACGCCAGCUGCUGGAGGCUGCGUAUACAGACGGCGUACUGUGUGUCCUGGCCUGUACCUCUACCCUGGCUGCUGGCGUUAAUUUACCGGCAAAAAGGGUAAUACUGCGUAAUCCAUACAUAGGUACACAGUUUCUCAACAGGAGUCAGUAUAAGCAGAUGAUUGGUCGAGCAGGGAGGGCGGGGAAAGACACGACCGGAGAGAGCAUCCUCAUUGUCAGUCCCAAGGACAGGUGCAAGGUGUGGGACAUCAUCAGUGGACCAGUAGAAAGCUGCUUCAGCAGUCUGACUUAUGACGAUGGAAAGGGAAUUAAAUCCUUGAUCCUCUCCUCCAUAGGCUUACAGAUAACCAGCACCACAAAGGCGGUGUUUGACAUGAUGAGUCAGACCCUGCUUUCCCUUCAGGCCUCCCAUUUGUCAUGUGACAUUGUUGCCAUGACGAAGGAUGCGCUUCAGCAGCUGAUUGACGAGGGAUUGGUUGUACAGAAGCGUUCAUUAUCCCAGGGCGAGGAGAUCUUCUGCCAUGACCCUUCUCUAGAGGUCACUCCCCUGGGGCGUGCCACGUUUAAAGGGUCCAUUGACCUGGAGUUCUCCACACAACUUUACACAGAUCUGAAGAAGGCGGAGGAGUCCCUGGUUCUGGCCAGCCACUUACACCUGCUGUUCCUUGUAACCCCCUACGAUCUGGUCAAGGACGUCAGACCGUCAUGGAUGACCUACUUCAAACAGAUCAGUCUGUUGACUCCAGUGGAGCUAAAGGUGGCUGAAUUAAUAGGUGUACCUGAAGCUUAUGUUGCUAAAAAGGCCUCUGGACAGGUGACUAGGCAGGUUGUGGAUGAGUUUGUUGUGAAGCGGUUCUAUCUGACUCUGAUGUUGUACGACCUAUGGAGACAGAAAUCCCUGUGGGAGGUGGCCGAGAAGUUUGACCAGCCCCGGGGGUUUAUACAGAACCUCCUGUCCAGCACGGCCAGCUUUGGUGCUUGUGUCUAUCACUUCUGUCAGGAGUUGGAGGAGUUCUGGGCCUAUCAGGAGUUAUUAGGGACGUUUGUCAAACGACUGGCAUACUGUGUGUCCGCUGAACUUCUGCCUCUGAUGGAGAUAUCUGGAGUUAAGCUGGGCCGAGCGCGGCAGCUGUACAGUGCAGGGUUCCACUCCACCGCCCAGGUAGCAGCCGCUGAACCAGAUACCCUUGUCAGGUCCAUUAAACAGAUCCCACGCAAAGUUGCCAGGCAGAUCGUGGCUUCCGCAAAGCUUCUGUUAAAUGAGAAGGCUGAGGCGCUGCUACAGGAAGUGGAAGACCUGGUGACUGUUCCAGUCGACCGAAUGACCUCACAGGGGUCCCCAAGGUCAUUGUCACAGCUAAAUGACAUGGAUAUUUUUUCUCAUUCUUUUUCAUCCCAGUGAGAAAGUUUUGAUUGCAGAAAAAUAAACCUUGUGCAUCUCUGUUUAAGGUGAUGUAAUUUUUGCAGCUCAUCUCAUUCAAUUAUUUAUGCUGAUAUCAGGGAUUCUUUUGACAAAAACAGAGUGCUAUAAAUAUAUUGGUUUUAUUCUUACAUGUAUCCUUGUCAAUGGUUAAAAAUCAAAUCAGCGAGAAAUCAAACACCUGACUGCAGUGUUGUAACUACAAAUGGUGCUAUAAGUCCUUUGCUCCAAAAUUUGUGAAAAAAAAUAUUUCAGUCCCAUGGACUAUAAAGAAAUCUCUGUUAGUGUGAGAUAGUGCAAUUAAACUGUUAUAUUUACAUGUUUUAUGUAGUGACAUGUAUUAGCAUUUUUCAAAGACUGUGAUAUUUUUUUAAUGUGUGUUAUAACAUUGCAACUGUAAACUUUUGACCAUAUACCUCAAUAGAGCUCAGUGAGUGUUGAGAGCUACUUCUAAAGAUCUUAUAUCUUCAGUGGAUCCUUGAAAAAGAUAACGAUGUGUUAACAUUAUAACAUGUUUAACUUUUGAUUCAUGAUUCAAUGACUUUUAGAAUGAGAUGUUUACAGGUUCUUGUAUAUUAGAUCUUAAAAUGAUUUUUGUUCUUCAUUGCAUAAUAUCUGAAUGACAAUUUUGUGAAAAAAAGCAAAAUCACUUCCAACAUAUGAUAUCAUUAAAAAUGUAUUCAAAUGUCA